AUGAGCUACCCAAUACAGGGAUCCUCAUCCCAGCCGUACGGCGCUUACACAUUCAACACGCCGGUCAAGCAGCGCCAACGGCAAAAGCUUGCCCAAAGAGCGAACCAGCAGCGGUCACAGCAACGACAGCAACCGCGGUCCGAACAGGUCGCCAUCCGCGAGAACGUAGCCGACGCCCUCACGUGGAAUGCCGCGGCCAAGGCUGCAAAGCCCAAGCUCAACGAGUCGCCCCUCAAGGGCGCUGCUCCUGGCGCUGCUCAGCUCGACGCACCAGCGUCCUGGCUCGAAGGCCGCAAGUAUGCUGUGCUCGUAGACGCCGGCUCGUCCGGCUCACGCAUGCAGGUCUACUCGUGGAAAGAUCCCAAACUGGAGCGCGCGUUGAGAGCCAGCAAAGGUCUCGACGCCACCGUUCUGCCCAAGGUCGAGAAGGGAACCUGGGAAAACUCGGGCGUAGACUGGAGCAUGAAGGUCGAGCCAGGUCUCUCCUCCUAUGGCGACCACCCUGCUGAUGUAGGCAGCUAUCUCAAAGAGCUCCUUGACCAUGCCGAGAAGAUCGUGCCUCCGUCCGCAUGGGCCGAGACCCCGAUCUACAUCAUGGCCACCGCUGGUAUGAGGUUACUCCCCGAGAACCAGCGCCAAGCCGUUCUCAGCGAGACCUGUCGCUACAUUCGCGAGCACACUUCGUUCAGCAUCGAUGGCGGCGGAUGCAGCGAGCACGUCCAAGUCAUCAGCGGCGAAGAGGAAGGCCUGCUCGGCUGGAUCUCGGUCAAUUACCUCAUGGACGGCUUCCACAUCCGCGGCAAGCAAGCCUCUCUCGACGGCGAAACCGACGUGGUCGAGGGCAAGUCCACCUUCGGCUUCCUCGACAUGGGUGGUGCUAGCACGCAGAUCGCCUUCGAGCCCAGCAAGAAGGCGCUUCAAGGCGAGGGCGUCGCCGCCGAAGCCGAUCUCACCGCCGUGUCGCUGCGCAUGCUCGACGGCACCGAAGUCUCGCACAAGGUCUUCGUCACCACUUUCCUCGGCUACGGCACAAACCAAGCUCGCCAGCGCUACCUCGACCUCCUCCGCCACGACAGCAGUGCUUCACAGGGCAGUCCCAAGGCCCUGCCUGACCCGUGCCUCAACUCGGGUCUGCAGCUUUCCGAUGCUGCGGGUACUCACGACCUCGCGCUUUCUGGCACCGGCAACUUCACCGCCUGUCUCGAAUCGCUACAUCCACUCCUCGACAAGGAGGCCGCGUGCACAAAGCCGCCCUGCUUGUUCCAUGGAGUCCACGUGCCCAAGAUCGACUUCAGCGUCAACCACUUCAUCGGCGUCUCCGAAUACUGGUUCAGCUCGCAAGACGUCUUUGGCCUUGGCGGCGUCUACGACUUUGUCGACUUCCAAAAGGCUGCCGUCGACUUUUGCGGAAAGCCCUGGGCCGAACUCAAGCACCAUCUCGACGUCGGCGACCUCUUUGGGCCCGAAGUUCAACUCAACCGCCUGCAGACCCAGUGCUUCAAGGCCGCCUGGAUGACCACCGUACUUCACGAGGGCAUCGGCAUUCCGCGCAUCGUCGACCACAAGGGAGCUGGCGAUGGCACCGACCACGCCGACGAGGCGCAGGGCAAGGGUGAGCAGAAGAACCUUUUCCAGAGCGUCAACGACAUCGACGGGUUCUCGGUCAGCUGGACGUUGGGCAAGGCGGUCCUCGAAGCCAGUCGCGACAUUCCUCCGGCGCCGGGCUCGCUGCCUUCGCCCUUCGACGAGCUCAACAAGGCCAACUCGAAGCUCGGCAAGUGGGACCCUUUCAGGCCCAAGUGGCCGACCACCGGAGAAGGCUCGGCGUUCCCGCCUGCGCUCGGUGAAGCGAGUCGCCACGUGAGCCCCGUCUACAUGAUCUCCAUGGUAGCCGUCUUCCUGCUGCUGCUGGUGACGUGCGUAUGCACGCGCGGUCGUGGGCCGCGAGCCACAAGGCGACGCGCCGCGAUCAAGGAGAUGCUGCCUCCCCCGUUCGGGACGUUUGGAGGUCUCUGCAGCUCGAAGCGCACCGGCCGCGGCGACUACGUGCUGGCCAACAUGGAAGAGGCAGCCGGCGACGCGCAGAAGCGGGGCUUCUGGUCCAAGCUCGGCAAGCGGGCCGAUGGCAAGGACUACAGCCCGACCAUGGAGGCCGAGUUCGGCUUCAAUUCCGAGGGCAGCUCCGAAGAGAGCAGCGGCUCCAGCGGCUCGGCUGGCCGCGGCACGCGUGGAUCGACGCGCAAGCACGGCAACACUGGCAUUGUCGGUGCGCUUGGCUGGCCUGUGCGCCGCGUGGCGCUCACGCUGUCUUCCACCUUCCCAUCGCUGUUCGCGCGGCGCAACACUCGGACCAAGAAGCGCAGCUCCAUGCUGCCAAGCAGCCGAGACGAGGGCGCUCGCAUCUCGGCCAGAAGAGGCGCAACCACGCCGACGAUGGUGCGCAUCUCGAGACCAGCAUCGCCUACGUUCACCGGCAUCACGUCGGGCACGGCGAUCUCGCGGCCGGCGUCGCGCACGUCGAGUCGCGCACCCACGCCGGUUCUUGGACACCGACUCACGUCGGCGACGCUUACGACGCGGUCGGGCGUCAACACUCCCGGUGGCACUGGCAGCGGCGGUGCGGCGGGCGCACUCUCGCCCACCGGACCUGGCUCGCCGCUGGGAGAGCGGCAUGCAAGGACGGGACUGUUUGCUGCGUCGCUCAGCCGCGCACACUCGGUCACGGACAUGGCGUCGAUCGAAUCGAGUCUGCUCGUCGCACCCACCCGUACGCCAUCCAGGCAGGGCUCGCCCGCUCCCCACCUCAGUCCCAUGUCGGAGCUUCGGCCCUCCACCAACGCACACGACGCCUAG